UCCCAGGGAAGAGAACUUGGUCCGCUAGCGGGCGCGGGCGAAGAUCCGCGGGAGCGGUCACUCCCGGUGCGAGGCGAGUCCGCGGUCUCUUGGGGAGGCGGGGAGCCCAGGCUCCGGUGCGCACGUGGGUCCCAUUUAUUCAACAUUCUUUUGAUUAUUUUCCCCCACUGAAGCCUGACUAUUGGUCUGUGGACAAGAUGACAGAUUCAUUGUCUUCUUCCUUCUUUCCUGAUUUUGGCCUGCUAUUGUAUUUGGAGGAGCUAAACAAAGAGGAAUUAAAUAAAUUCAAGUUACUCCUGAGGAAUGCGACCAUGGAACCCGAGCACUGCCAGAUACCCUGGGCUGAAGUGAAGAAGGCCAAGCGGGAGGAUCUGGCUAACUUGAUGAACAGAUAUUAUCCAGGAGAGCAGGCCUGGGAUGUGGCUCUCAAAAUCUUUGGCAAGAUGAACCUGAAGGAUCUGUGUGAGAGAGCAAAAGCAGAGAUCAACUGGACCGCCCGGAGUAUGGGGCCAGAAGAUGCCAGGGCCGGAGAGGCACAAGGUGAUCAGGAGGCAGUGUUGGGUGAUGGAACAGAAUACAGAAGUCGAAUAAAGGAAAAAUUCUGCAUCAUGUGGGAUGAGGAGUGUUUGCUUGGAGAACCUAAAGAUUUCUGUCAUGAAAUUGCUCAGAAAGGUCAAGAACUGUUGGAACAUUUGUUUGAUGUGGAUGUCAAAACCGGGGAGCAGCCACAGACGGUGGUGCUUCAGGGGGCUGCUGGGGUUGGGAAAACAACCUUGGUGAGAAAGGCAAUGUUAGAUUGGGCACAGGGCAACCUCUAUCAGCAGAGAUUUGCCUAUGUUUUUUAUCUCAAUACCAGAGAAAUUAACCAGUUGAGAGAGAGAAGCUUUGUUCAAAUGAUAUCAAAGGACUGGCCCAGCACAGAAGGCCCCAUUGAAAGGAUUAUGUCCCAGCCCAGUAGUCUCCUUUUUAUUAUUGAUAGUUUUGAUGAACUGAACUUCGCCUUUGAGGAACCUGAGUUUGCGUUGUGUGAAGACUGGACCCAGGUACACCCAGUGUCCUUCCUCAUGAGUAGUUUGCUGAGGAAAGUGAUGCUCCCUGAGUCGUCCUUACUGGUGACAACGAGACUCACAGCAUGUAAGAAACUAGAGCCUUUGUUGAAGAGUCAGCGUUCUGUAGAGCUACUGGGUAUGUCUGAGGAUGCAAGAGAGGAGUAUAUUUACCAGUUUUUUGAAGACAAGAAGUGGGCUUUGCAAGUAUUUGGUUCACUAAGAAAUAGUGAGAUGCUUUUUAGCCUGUGCAAAGUCCCCCUAGUGUGCCGAGUCAUUUGUACUUGUCUGGAGCAGCAAAUGGAGAAGGGUGUCACAUUGACCUGCAAAACCACCACGGCUCUGUUUACCUGCUAUAUCUCUAGCUUGUUCACACCAGCAGAUGGAAGCUGUCCUAGUCUACCCAACCAAACCCAACUGAGGAGCCUGUGCCACUUAGCUGCCAAAGGAGUAUGGACUAUGACAUAUGUGUUUUACAGGGAAAAUCUCAGAAAGCAUGGAUUAACUAAAUGUGAUGUCUCAAUUUUCCUGGACGUGAAUAUUCUUCAAAAGGACACAGAGUAUGAAAACUGCUAUGUGUUCACCCACCUACAUAUUCAGGAGUUUUUUGCAGCUAUGUUCUAUAUAUUGAAAGACAGUAGGGAAACCGGGAACCUUUUUUUUCAGUCUUUUGAAGAUUUGAAGCUGUUAUUUGAAAGCAACAGUUAUAAAGACCGCCAUCUGAUGCAGAUGAAAUGCUUUGUGUUUGGCCUUUUGAAUGAAGGUCUAGUAAAGCAACUCGAGGACACUUUUAACUGUAAAAUGUCACUGGGGGUAAAAUGGAAGAUACUUCAGUGGAUGGAAAUAUUAGGAAACAGUGACUGUUUUCCAUCACAGCUAGGAUUUCUGGAGUUGUUUCACUAUCUGUAUGAGACUCAAGAUGAAGGAUUUAUAAGCCAGGCAAUGAGAUAUUUCCGAAAGGUUGUCAUUAAUAUUCAUGGGAAAAUCCAUUUGCUUGUGUCUUCAUUCUGCCUCAAGCAUUGCCAAAGUUUACAGACCAUUAAACUGUCUGUGACUGUGGAAUCUGAGAGGAAGAUGUUAAACUCAAGCCACUCAGCUGAAACUUGGGAUUUUGGUUGCAUUAUUCAUUAUUGGCAAGAUCUCUGUUCUGUGCUUCAUACAAAUGAACAGUUGAGAGAAUUGGACCUGUGUCAUAGCAACCUUGAUAAGUUAGCAAUGAAGACUUUUUAUCAAGAAGUAAGGCACCCAAGCUGUAAACUACAAAAACUACGGUUGAGGUUUCUUUCUUUCCCUGAUGGUUGUCAAGAUAUCUCUCGUUGUUUGACUCACAACCAGAAUCUGAUGCAACUGAACCUGAAAGGGAGUGAUAUAGGGGAUAAUGGAGUAAAGUCAUUGUGUGAAGCCUUGAAAUGCCAAGAGUGUAAACUACAGAAUCUGAGCUUGGAAUCCUGUGACCUAACUACAGUUUGUUGUCUGGAUAUCUCUAAGGCUCUCGUCAGAAGCCAGAGCCUGAUAUUUCUGAAUCUGUCGACCAAUAAUCUUUUGGAUGAUGGAGUAAAGCUGUUGUGCGAAGCCUUAAGACAUCCAAAGUGUUACCUAGAGAGACUGUCCUUAGAAAGCUGUGGCCUCACAGUAGCCGGCUGUGAGGAUCUUUCUUCAGCUCUCAUCAGCAAUAAAAGGCUGACACAUCUGUGCUUGGCAGACAACAACUUAGGAGAUGGUGGAGUAAAGCUUAUGAGUGAUGCCUUGAAACAUCCACAGUGCACUCUACAGAGCCUUGUGCUGAGGCGUUGCCAUUUCACUGCACUUAGCAGUGAACAUCUGUCAUCUUCUCUCCUACACAACAAGAGCUUGACGCAUCUGGAUCUGGGCUCAAACCAACUACAAGAUGAUGGAGUAAAGCUUCUAUGUGAUGUCUUUCGACAUCCAAGCUGUAAUCUUCAGGACCUGGAAUUGAUGGGCUGUGUUCUCACUAGUGCAUGUUGUCUGGAUCUGUCUUCUGCUAUUUUGAACAACCCAAAUUUAAGAAGCCUCUACCUUGGGAAUAAUGAUUUGCAGGAUGAUGGAGUAAAAAUUCUGUUUGAAGCUUUGAGACAUCCAAACUGUAACAUACAGAGGCUUAGGUUGGAAUACUGUGGUCUGACCUCUCUCUGUUGCCAGGAUCUUUCCUCUACUCUUAGCAGCAACCAAAGACUGAUAAAAAUAAACUUGACACAGAAUACCUUAGGGUGUGAAGGAAUUAUGAAGUUAUGUGAAGUCUUGAAGUCUCCUGAAUGUAAACUACAGGUUCUAGGGUUAUGCAAAGAGGCACUUGAUGAGGAAUCCCAGAAGCUGCUGGAAGCUGUGGGAGUUAGCAAUCCACACCUAGUCAUUAAGCACGAUUGUAAUGAUCAUAAUGAAGAAGAUGAUUCCUGGUGGCUGUGUUUCUGA